AUGAAACAUUUAAAAGACGGAGACUUUGGAGAUCAUCUGCAAAACGGAGAGUUGGUUGCGAAAGCUGAUAAUGCUUCGGCCCUUGAGCAACAUUUGGUGGAACAAAAAACCUCCAAGAGAAAGAGUGAUAUGACUUUAGAAGAAAUGUACAACGGUCAGUAUGAUUUCGAAGACGAUGAGGACGAUGACAGCGACUGGGAGCCCUCUGCUGUCCCAAACCCUAACGUUGUUGAAGUUCCAAAGUGGUUUUGCCUCAAUUGCACUAUGGUUAAUAUUGGAGUUGAUUCGCAUUGUGAUCUAUGUGGCGAACAUAGAGAUUCUGGGAUCGUACAACGUGGCUUUUUUGCUUCUCCUUUUGAUCCAGCAGAUGUUCCCGCCGGAAAUGCAGCUGAUGAACGCGAAGGUUUCAAUUCCCAAUUGCGAAGUAUUGCAACGGGCAACGUUACAGCAAUUGGAUACGAUGAUAGAAUGUUGCUUCACGAAGAAGUUGGAUUGAAGUCACACCCCCAUCCAGAAAGGCCUGAUCGUCUUCGAGCCAUUAGUGCUAGCCUUGCAGCUGCAGGCAUAUUUCCGGGAAAGUGCUAUCCGAUUCCAGCAAGAGAAAUUACGAAAGAAGAACUUUUGAUGGUCCACUCACUCGAGAAUGUUAGAGCUGUUGAACUUACAAGUCAUGUCCAGUCGAGCUAUUUUACACCUGAUACAUAUGCGAAUCAGUAUUCAGCUAGAUCUGCCAAGCUUGCUGCUGGUUUAUGUUUUGACCUUGCUGCAGCUAUAUAUCGCGGAAGCGUAAAAAAUGGUUUUGCUUUGGUCCGCCCUCCUGGUCAUCAUGCUGGAGUGAAAGAGGCCAUGGGCUUUUGUCUUCACAACAAUGCAGCCAUUGCUGCAUCGGCAGCUCAGAUUGCAGGAGCUAAGAAGGUCCUGAUUAUUGAUUGGGAUGUGCAUCAUGGUAAUGGAACCCAAGAAGUUUUCGAGGAAAAUAAAUCGGUUUUGUAUAUAUCUUUGCAUAGAUAUGAGGGUGGAAAGUUCUAUCCUGGUACUGGAUCUGCUUAUGAGGUGGUUGGGAAAGGGGAUGCUAAAGGGUAUUGUAUUAAUGUUCCAUGGAGUUGUGGGGGUGUUGGCAACAAUGACUAUCUUUUCGCGUUUCAGCAAGUUGUGCUUCCUAUAGCUUCGGAGUUUGCUCCAGAUUUUACUAUAAUUUCUGCUGGAUUUGAUGCUGCUCGUGGCGACCCUCUUGGCGGCUGUGAUAUCACUCCUACUGGCUAUGCACAGAUGACACAGAUGUGCUGUGAUCUAUUUGGUGGAAAGUUACUUGUUAUCCUUGAGGGCGGGUAUAAUCUGCGAUCAAUAUCAGUCUCCGCUACUGCAGUUAUUAAGGUCUUACUUGGUGAAAGUCCUAAACAUAAUGUGGAGCAGCAACUAAUGCCAACAAAGGCUGGACUGCAAACCAUUCUAGAAGUGCUUAAAAUUCAGUCGAAUUAUUGGCCUUCAUUGGAACAGAGACUUUCGAACUUACUAUUAGAAUGGGGAUGGUAUACCCUUCAGGACAAAAAAAAGAUGAGGGAAAAGAAGAGACGGGCAAAGGCGCCUGCCUGGUGGAAGUGGGGACAUAAAAGAUUGUUGUAUAAGCUAUGGCGCAAGAAGAUUUCUCGACAAUUUUAA